AUGGCUCUGCGCAUGUCUGCCGACCGCGCAGAGGAUGUCGCCGCAGGCUUUCGACUGUUCCGGGACCCUCUGCCGGAACACGCGACAGAAAUCACCAGCCUGAUGGCUGAUCUGUUUGCCAUCAGCUCGUUGCUCAAGAUCAUCGAGGACCUGCUGCGUAGCCCGCUCUACCGGCGCCAGCAGGUGCUGGUGCGCGCCGACGUCGAGCUUGUCCGUGCCAGCCUCGACUACACCCUCGAGGAUAUCCUGCGCUUCUUCGCGGCGGUCGACCAGCGGUCCAGCUCUGAUCGAGAGACCUUCAAACGCGCCUGGUUGGAGCUGUGCACGUUCUUCCGCACUGAGGCUCAGUCAGCCUUAUCCCCGCGCCUAGGCAGGUAUAAGCUGUUCCUUCGGGACCUGGAGGAUUUGACGAGGGGUAAACCCUUCGACCCCACCCCUAUGGCCGGCCUCCGAAGCAGUCUCCAGGCCCUGCUGGCCGAGCAGGAUAAAGGACUGGCGACACGUAUCGGAGCCAUUGAUCUAGGCCGAUACAACCCGUCGAGCAGCAGUAGUAAUAUCGCCGAUCAGGGCAGUCCUCGUCGACCACGCGGCCGACGGUCGUACGAACGGACGAGGCCCAACAACCACACCACCACCACCACCAGCAACUACUACCACCCUCAGCACUCCCCGCAGUCGCCCCUGUCUCCUCUGUCCCCCUCGUCCUUGACCUUUUCGUCGGAUAGUGCUAUCUUCCCUCCUUCUGCACCUGAGGCUCCUGACUCCCCGCCCACGAGCUCUGCCACGGGCCGCUCGCUGGGGUCUAGCAACAUGAGCGAGCACUGGGCUAAGAAGGUCUUUGAUGACAACCACUCCGCCACACGUAUUCCAUUUGUAGGCGAGAGUUCCAAGUGCUUCGGUGAGCCAAAGCAAGGAUUGAGGUCUUGGUUGCGGGACUCUGGCUUCGAGGAAUUGUUCCAGCUAAUCUUCGAUGGAGAGCAACAACUCCGUGUAUACCUCUACUCCCGAGAAGACGACCAUCGCGCCCGCAUCAUGUGCAAGUCAGUCCGCGCCUCCCGACCGAGCGAAUACUUCUGCAUGCCCCUGAAUAUGCUGGAGAUCUAUCGUGUAGGGUCGUGUCUGCAGCUCUGUCGCCGGCGGAACGCGGGCAGCGAGCUUGAGUUAUGGGCGAACCUUAAGUUCCACACGAUCGAGCGAAUGGUCCUUUUCUUCUGUACGAUCUUGGCCCUCCGCUCGCAAGACAACGGCCGCCCCGUGGAACGGAUCCGUGACUAUGAGCUCGAACGCGAAGAAGAGUUAUUCGGAGGACAAAUCAUGGACGACAGCUACCUCCACGCCCUCCGCAUCUACCGUGACACCGUCUCCGGUGCUGUCCGACUACAGGCCUCCAUCCUACGGGGCGAGAUGAAACGCACCCCUGUCUGGACAGCCUUUAUCACCCACCACGCCAGCUCGCGCGCCUGGAUCCGCCGUGAGGACUCGAACGUUGUUCUCCUUGGCGAUCUGAGGCGUGCCAUCUUCGCGUCUCCGGAUUACUCGCCGCCGCGGACCUCGCGGGGUGAGCAUAUCUUGAAGUUUACCACGAAGGAUGAUGCCGAUAGUUUCAUGGAAACGAUUGCUGAAGUUGCAGAACUGUAG